AAACUCUGGGCGGGGCUGGCAGGAGGCAGGCGGAGCUCAGGCCGCGGGGUCCGAAGGGUCUGAGCCAGUCGGAGGAGCCUUGGGGAGCCGUGCGGCCGCCAUGGGGCAGAUCGAGUGGGCCAUGUGGGCCAACGAGCAGGCGCUGGCAUCUGGCCUGAUCCUCAUCACGGGGGGCAUCGUGGCCACAGCAGGCCAGUUCACCCAGUGGUACCUGGGCACGUACUCCAUUGCGGCAGGAGUUCUCAUCUGCCUGCUGGAGUACCCCCGGGGGAAGCGGAGCAAGGGCUCCACCAUGGAGAGGUGUGGACAGAAGUACAUGACCAGAGUGGUGAAGCUGUUCGGGCCCCUCACCAGGAAUUACUACAUCCGGGCCUUCCUGCACCUUGGGCCUGGGGCUGUGGACUCUCUUCUGACCGCCCUUCUGUCCCCUGCACCCACCCUCGCCCCCCGCCAGGCUGUCGGUACCUGCCGGCUUCCUGCUUGCCACCAUCCUGGGGACAGCCUGCUUGGUCAUCGCCAGUGGCAUCUACCUGCUGGCGGCCAUCCGUGGCGAGCAGUGGACCCCGAUCGAGCCCAAGCCCAGGGAGCGGCCACAGGUGGGGGGCACCAUCAAGCAGCCGCCCAGCAACCCCCCGCCCCGACCCCCGGCCGAGGCCCGCAAGAAGCCGGGAGAGGAGGCGGCGGCAGCUGCGGGGGUCCCCACAGGUGGCCCCCAGGAAAACCCUGUGCCGGUGACAGACGAGGUGGUGUGACCAGGGCCGGAGCUCCGGCAGCCCCCACGCCCGGGCAAGCCUGUGGCUGCAGCCCCUUCCCUGUUCACCCCCAGCUGCGCGGUCAUCUCCUGAGCUGCACUGGAGCCUCAGUGCCUCACUUGUUCCAUGAAACACGUAUCUGGAACCCCUCGUGCCUGAGUUUCUCCUCUGGAAAUGAACGUCCAGGCCUGGGGGAAGGGAGUGUGCGUCCCACGAGCCCCUCAACCUGACCUGCUAGGGCUUUC